AUGUUACCAUCAACUCCUCUAAGUGGAAGACCCCAGUGGAAGUCAAAAAAGACACUGGUUGUCCCAAGAUGCUAUCAAGCCUACCAUUCCCCUGAUGCAAGAACGGUCAUCAGGGGCCUCCCACCUGCAGCAGAAGAACCAGACCCUGGAGUGGGCCUUGGGGUAGAACAAGGGCUACUCUGCCAACUGCUUCAUUCUCCAGAGUUUAACUUGUUUCCCAACUCAGCUGUCUUUGAAAGCAACUUCAUCCAGAUCCAUGCCCUUGGGGCUGCUUUUCAGGUCACAAAGAAUUGGAGAAACAUCUAUGAUGCAUCUACAACUGUGGCUCUUGGUGUGACCUCUUCAGUGGCAUGCCUUCCUCUUCCCAAUAUUCUCCUGAUGGCCAAAGUCAAGUGGCCCAAAGGGCAAUCUCCAAAGUGGAUCAGUCCAGUAGAAGCACCAACUAUCACCCUCAAGAGGAUUCUCCCACUAAAGUUUGUGGAACUUCAAGUUUGUGACUUGUCCCAGCGUAUCCUGAGGGUCCGGACAGUUACUGAAAAAAUUUACUACCUAAAACUCCACUUGGACCAUCCUGAGGUUGUGUUCCAGCUCUGGGUCCGGCUGCUGUAUAUUCUGGAGAGGGGACUGUCCAUUACCACUAAAGAUCGGAGAAUUCAUGUGACUCACUGCCUAGUCCCCAAGGAUCCCAGCAAAUCUCCUGGGAAUGCUACAGAAAUGCUCGAAAUUAGCAGACCACAACCUGCUGGACCAAGUGAGAGCCUGGCGCUUCUUAUGGCCAAGGGACUGUCUGAAGCCUCUUCAAAGCGUUCAGCAGGCUUGAGCCAGCACAAGAAAACAGCUAGGACCAACGUCAUGGAGGUCCCUAGAGAUGUUCAGACAAGCAACUCAGAAAAAGAAACUUCCUCCAAAGAAAGCAUUCAAAGAACCGAAGGAGAGCUACGCUUAAGAGACUCUUUCUCUUAUGGUAUGUGGGAAAGAGAGAAUCCCUCAGGGCUACAGCCACUAUCUCUCCUUAGCACCCUGGCAGCCUCCACAUGUUGCUUUGGCCCACAGCCUUAGGGGGUGCAGUCGUGAUCAUACAGUGGAUUUUGCAGCAGAAGGUGUUCAACAGCGACAGGAAAAGGGAUGGUUGGCAGAACAACAAGGUGCUCGACAACAGGGAAGACAGUCUGGAACUGUCUUUGGACUGAUGGUCCAAAAAGGUGGCUGAUGGCCUUGGAGGGAUUCAGGGUUACCCAGCAGAGGUGUCUAGAAACAGCAGCAGCUAGUAGCAACAGAAACCUGCAGUUGUCCAUCAGCAACAACAGCAACUGGUAACUAGAGUGGGCAAAGAAGACAGGUGACGGCAGAGGCAGUGACCAAACAUGGACCUCUAGAAUCAACUAGGUUUCAAAAGGCAAUGACAACGGUGGAAACGAACCCAAGAGCAACGGAAAGGAUGAAUUACAAAGCUGCCCCAAGGGAGUACAGAACUAGGACUAUCAAGGUAGACCUUUUAAAAAUUAUGAUGGAAAUCGGACAAGUGAUACUAAAAUGGCCAAGCUACACAACUACUCUGACGAUCUAUCUUUAAUGAGAAAACUAAGGAAAAGCAGUCUUAGUGCAGGUGUUGUGAUAAGAAAGCAGACAAAGCAGAUAGAGCUUGCUGUAUCUGAAAUGUACUCCCUUUCACCUCCAUCUUAUAGAAUCCUUAGCUUCCUUCAAAGUACAACUCAGGUGCUACAUAUGUCCUCCCAAUUCCCCC